AUGACUUUCUACGACGACAUUUACCCGUUCUACCCUCCACAAAGGACUUCCUUCAUCUUCAGCGGGCGCUUGCUCACCAUUAUUCUGGUCUUCCUUGUGCUAGCGUUCAGUCUUCUCCUCAUUCUGCCCGGAAUACGAGGAAGGACGAGGCUGUUUUGGAUGUUCAGGAUAAUUACCAGCUUGUUCAUCGGUGUGGUUUUAGUGGUGCUCAACUACACUAACAGCUGGGCUGAGGCAAGGAUGACCACAAACGCUACCUACAAGUCUUUCAGCAACGCAGUAAUUAACGCUGAGGUCGGCCUGCACGUCGGGCUGUACGGCAUUAACGUGACACUGAGAGGAAAUCCCAUCGUACAGUUCAACGAGACCAUCAACUACAACGAGAUGUUCAGCUGGCACGACACGAUAGAAGAAGAGUAUGAGGAAGCUCUGGAGAAAGGCUUGCCCAACCCCAUCCUGUACAUUGCUGAGAAAUUCACCCUGAGCAGCCCGUGCGGUCUGAUCUUUCAGUACAGAUACUCUGGACGGUUUGCCUCUGCCACGCUCUGGACAGCGUUUUGCUGCUGGGUGCUUGCCAACAUCCUCUUCUCCAUGCCCGUCAUCCUGUACGCCGGGUACAUGAUGAUGGCCACGGCCGCCUUCAUUUUCUCCUCCAUGGUUUCCUUCUCCACCAUCAUGAACGUGCCUCGGUGUGUUUUCUCCAUCGGAACGGACUCCUUCGUUACAGAGUUCAGCCAUUCAUUUUGGCUGGCUCUGGCUACAGGUGUUCUGUGCACCAUCACCGGGAUCCUUGUGGUGACUUUAAACUUUCUGAUGCCGGAGAAGAUGAAAGCAGCUUUCAGUGUCGGCGUCGACAGCUGCGAAGAUGAGGAUGAUUUUUAUGGGGAGGGUUACCUGAAUUCAGUUUUCCUUGAAGAAGCAAUGAUUUCACCUCUGACAUCAAAAGUUACAACAGAGCUUUUCUGA